AUGUUUAGCAGCCUUCGAGGCCAGCCAGAAAGUUACGAAAGAAAAGCGAAGUACAGAUUUGGUCGAACCCUUGGUGCGGGCACAUAUGGUAUCGUGCGCGAAGCAGAUAGCCCCAAAGGCAAAGUCGCUAUUAAGAUCAUCCUCAAGAAAAAUGUUAAGGGAAACGAGCAAAUGGUCUGGGAUGAGCUAGAUAUGCUCCAGCGUCUUAAACACCCUCACAUUGUUCGCUUCGUGGAUUGGUUCGAGUCAAGGGAUAAAUGGUACAUUGUCACCGAGCUCGCCACCGGCGGUGAACUUUUCGAUCGCAUCUGCGAACAGGGCAAGUUCACAGAGAAGGACGCUUCACAGACCAUCAGGCAGGUUCUCGACGCUGUCAGCUACCUCCACGACAGGAACGUAGUACACCGAGAUCUUAAGCCCGAGAAUCUCCUCUACCUCAGCAAAGACCCCGAUUCCGACUUAGUCUUGGCAGAUUUCGGAAUUGCAAAGAUGCUUGAUACCAAGGAUGAGGUUCUGACUACAAUGGCGGGGUCUUUUGGUUACGCAGCACCGGAAGUCAUGUUGAAGAAAGGUCAUGGCAAGCCUGUGGAUAUGUGGUCGUUAGGUGUCAUUACUUACACUCUUCUCUGUGGUUACUCUCCCUUCCGCUCCGAAAACCUGCAGGAUUUGAUCGACGAAUGCAGUAAUGGGAAAGUGGUCUUCCAUGAGCGCUACUGGAGAGAUGUGAGUGACGAUGCGAAGGACUUUAUUAUGCGCCUGUUGCAACCGGAUCCGGAAGACAGGUGGUCCAGCAAGCAAGCACUUAAGCACCCCUGGCUCAGCGGCGAAAAUGCCUCAGAUCACAACUUACUUCCUGAGAUCAAGGCCUACAUGGCCAAGGCAAGACUCCGUCGUGGUAUCGAACUUGUCAAACUGACAAACCGUAUCGAGGCGCUCAAGAUCCAAGAAGACGACCCAGAGCACCCUGACUUUGCCGAUGAUUCAGUAGCUCCAGCCAGCCAAGGAUCAGACAAACCCGCGUCGCCUCAGCAGGAGACCGGCAAGGGCAAGCUCACACGCGCAAUGAAGGGUGCCAUCUUCCGCGAAGUGGUUCUGGCUAAAGUCCGCGAGAUGAAGGAGCAGGAGCAGACUCUAAAGGUCACGGAAGAAGUGGAAAAGGAGGCGAAGCGGAAGAGUUUCCAGGGUUGA